UUCUUCCCAAUUACUGGCAUCACUCGCUUGCACGGCUUCCUCCUGCACCGGUCCCUGCUGCCAGUACCGUACAACAACGGAAGCGCUGGCCGUUCAUUGAUCCGUUACCUCCAGGGCGGCUCGGCUUGCCUUACUUAUCCCCUCAAUUCACACUACACGGCGAGUACGACGCUUUCUAUAUCCCCUUCAGAGUAUUACCCCCCUUGGGUAGUGUUGUCCGGUCUCUGCCGCCAUUUUUUUGGACGGCGUAAAUAGCCUCUCCCUUUCUUCCGAGACUCCUCUGUCUCUUUUAAAGAUACAUGGCAGGCGUGCAACUGCAACAACCCACCAUGACCGACUACCGAUUGCCGCUCCAUCAGCCACCACCUGCUCGGAAACCGGUUCCUGGGAUGCAUGCUGGUUAUCCAUUCCAGUCCUAUGAUGGACCUCAUAAGCAACAGCUAUCUCCUCACCCUUCCCUCACUCACAAUCGGGGCCGGAUGCCUUCGGCCAGUGCGUCGUCGCCCUAUCUGGCUCAGCAGCAACCGUACUCCAAUACCCCUUCGCCACAUCAUACCAUGACUUCUACUCCUAGUUACCCUCCUUCGAGAAGAAUGUCCAGCGCGACGACCUCCACGAGCUCGACUGGCAAUGCCGCGGGUCACUCCGCCGUUUCCGAUAUCCGCAGAAGCACGUCGUCGCGUUCCGCCAACUCUCAGCUGGGUUAUGUAGCUCUGAUGCGGAGGCAGAAGGCCACGGUAUGGUGUGAUCGAUCACAGCCGGAGGAUCCCCGACUCCGAGCCCAAAAGCUUGCCGACAAGAAGAGAGCGUACCUCGAAGUCCAUGGCGCAGGCGCCGGUGGACGGGCGGGUACCCUUGGAAGCGGUAAAAUUAAACACUCCAAGGGAGGCACUGAUUUCUCACCCUCAAACCUCGUGUCGGCGACUGUUCCCGUACGACUCAGUGCUAAUGAAGUGGGGGAUGCAGAUGAGGAUGCACACAGCGAUUAUGGAUUUCCUCAUCGUCGCACCGGCAGCGGUCGCAGCUCUUUGGGAAGCAACCACCGUUAUCCCAGUGGCUAUCAGCGGACGCCCCAGGGCACCGUGGGCAGUAACAGCACUCCUCCGAGCGAGAAAACGGAUUUGCCCAAUGUCACGGAGCAUCCGCCGGCGGAAAGCACCGAGGAAAAGAAAGUCAAAGAUGACGCCGCUACCACCUACAGCUUCGAGGCCGCAGAUGAGGACAAUUUCGGGAGCGUAGGGGAGAUGGCUGCCCCCAGUGCAGUUACCACGGCGGCCGAAAAGGCGAGGAGGGCGGACGAACUAAGACGGCGGGGUAGUGUGGACGAUCGCACGAGCACGAUGACCAAUGUCCGACUUUUUGUUGCAAAUCCAGACCUCAGUGAUUAGUGGCACUUUGUAUCGUCAUAUAUCGCAUUUAUCUUUCGGAUCUAUACUCACGAAAAUACCCAGCUCGGCUGAAGUUUGGCAAACAGUCCGACCUCAUGCAGUUUAUGCCAACCUUUUUUAUUUUCUUUCUUUUCUCUGCUUCUACCUUACCCUUCUAUGUUUCUUCUCUCCAGGAUUACUCUCGGCGAGUAGUGCUCGAGCCCGGCCUGGAUCCCGGGGCCCCGUACCUCGGUUUUUGUGCUGCGUGCAGGCAGCCUGAUGCAUUGCGCUUCUUGUUCUGUUUUAUUCCCCUCACUGCAUGUUUUGGCGCCUGUGCUCCUAAAGCAUUGGGUUGCGUGCUACUGAUCUUGUAUCAGUGGCACCUUGGGCGUCUUUUAUGGAUUUACGAGCAGCUAGUAAUAAUAAUAUCGUCUGUACAUACUUUGCAACCUGUGCUAUUAGUGGUGUAUAUCGAUUCAAUUUGCGUGUAGGGUUGCAAGAUUUAUUAUACCCUUAACAAAUUAAGUUGAGCUACAUUAAACAGACUACAAUCUAGUACCCUAAUGCGAGCGUUGAAGCAAUGAGCAAGUCUAAGCCAUAGAAACUACUAAGUUGGUUGCUUGGUUGGUUAGAAUACUAUCAUUCCCCCAACUUACAUAAUCCCCCACACGUGCCCCUGACGCGAAGCAGUCGCGCCCGACAAUCCAAUUAACGCGUUUCCGACUCAACAACCAAUCCC